AUGGCUGAGUUGGCCGGCGCUAACCUCUCGGCCUCUGGCCUCCAGAACCCCAUAUCCAUCGAUGGUAUUGUCUAUGGCGUGGAAUCGCCGCAAAUGACUGAGUUUAUGGCACCCGGUCUUAUAUCAAUGGCCAUAUUCUUCGCUGCGAUGGCAUUAACUGCAAUCACAUUAGUGUUGGAGCGAAAGGACGGGGUAUUUGAGCGGACACUAGUGGCCGGUGUUAAGACAUUUGAG